AUGAUCCGCUUUAAGCGGCCUCGCUCUGGUCGCAAAGACCAGCCCACGAUAGGCUACGCUACACGACAGUCGGGCAUACGAUGGCAGAUGGCAGCGGGCCACCUCGGGGUUGAGAGGCGCUUAGUUGGUGAGAUUUCCAUAGCGCCUUGCGACGAGCUUGCUGCGCCCGCUAAGGCACGGUGGCUUGAGAGCGCCACAGAGGCGGCCCACCUUGUGUGGCGUAUUGCGCCCCCAUCCAUCCCAUGUGCUCCCGUGCUUCUUUAUCGAGUCACAGCAUUCAAGCCCGAUCCAUUUGAUGAAAGCGAUGAGCUGCCUGCCAUCGAAGCGCGCGGCAUGUUUGCUACCUACUACUGGCCUGAUAAUGCACAUGUGACAGACUCUUCAAUCAGGUUACCGAUGCAAUUUGUACAAUCACUUGCUCUCGGCACAGUCACGUCCCCGCACUGGCUUUGCCAAGUUUGCCUCAGCAGAAAUGAUAGGUUUUCCAAGCGGCACCACGAGGCCCCCAAACCAAGAAAGAUCCUUGCAUCUGAAGCGCUGCGCUACAAGGCAGAAAGGAACAUUGUAGACUAUUCCUCCGCCGCUGCCAUGGGCACACGUGUCGGCAUGACGGUUGCACCCGUCCCAGAUGCGAGCGCCUCCACCUUCACCAGCUAA